AUGACCUUAAAGGCAACGGGAACAGGAACGACCGGUGCUGGAUCCACACAGGCUGCGGCUACGUCGAACUCUGCGGCGAGAGUUGCCCUAACGGUCAACUCGUGGCAUGGAUUGGGUGGUGUUGAAUAUAUGACUCGCUGCUAUUGUUUUGCGGCUAAAGUCUUCCAAUGGUCACAGCAGUGGACACAUUGCGGGGAAUCGAUGGGGCUCCCAAACGCUGGGGUCCACGAGAAAAGAGGUCCACCAACAGCCAAGAAGCCCUGGAACCUGGCCAGUUAA